UGAUUUAAUUACUCAUCGAUCACGCAAACUUUACAAUAUAAUUUCAAUCCUUUGAAAUUCCACCACAGGGAUGGUCUGGCUUAUGUGUAAAAAAGAUACUGAAAUAUGUAUUUGCAUCGACAAUUCAUAAAUUGCUUCCUGUUUAUAGAUGACGCCUGGUACAAAGGAAAAAUAAAUGGGCCAACAUCAAGAACCAGACGAAAUGAAUAAUGCCAGUCUAAAAGCCACUUAGCCCCUUAGCAUCGAUAAUCGUCGCAGUCAUAAAAAGAUUGGCUUAAAAGCGAGCUUUGGUUAGUGGUUUUGCGUAGACCGUUGUUUUCAUUCAUUGUGGCAAUGGAAACAGAAGACACAAAUCGCGUAUCGGAUUCGCAUCGAAAACGAGCAAGCUCGUUCAACUCAUCACCAGCGAGAGCCCAGCAUGUUACAGGUGAUGAAAACCUCGUGAGGCGACCCCGAAGUAAGACCCUUGGUUCACAAGAAGGGCCAGCGUUUAAGCAACGCACUAGCUCAUUUAAACUAUCAAGCGGAGGUUUACUGGGAAGAAAACGCAGUAAAACUCAAAGCUAUGCGAGAUCCGAAUCAGAAAAUUCUAGCCUGAGUCUUCGUGCGAAGUCAAGCAGAAAAGUCGGCGUUUGUCAUGGCAGGGAUUCUAAUUUGAAUUCUCGACCACGAAGUUGCUCAGAAGAGAUUCUAACGCACAGGGUAGCGGAAAACAUCGACAAAUCAAGGAGAAAAACAAUGGAAAAUACCCGGGAGAUUGCCCCGUCUAAAACGGACGGUUAUCUCGGUUUACCAAGCGAUCGGGGAGACGGUGAAAAUACGGAAAGCCGAAAAGCUACUCUGGACAAUUGUGAGACUGUGGAAAUCCACGAAGAAAAAAGCCUUGGUGGUGAGAACGUCAAUGAAUCUUCAAACAAUACGUCAGCUUUUCCAAGUGGAAUUAGGCCAAAGCAAAUUUCUACUACAUUUCCUAUUCGGUGUGUAAAUAAACACCCCAUUCGACGGGCUUAUUCGCUUCCGGUCAAUCUAAUGAAAUAUCAGCAGAUUGAGUCGAGUUUGGAAGGUCACGAAAUCGAAGAACUGUCGUUACAGGCACAGAGUUGUUCCAUUUUGACGGGACGUGAGUUGAAUUGGGAAUAUGUGACGAGACGGCGAUGUUAUUCAUGCCCGGGAAGAUUAUGCGACUCAGGGGUUAACGAGCAGUACAAUAUUAUUCACGAGAAAGACGUUAUAAAAACAAAUGAACUACACAGUGUACACAAGGCAGCAACUUGUUCAGAAAGCGGCGAAAUGGGCAAUGAGAAUGCAACUACAGCGCCUAAGACAACGUCGGAUGACUUGGCAGACGAUGUAAACAGAGCCGAAGAUGUGGCGGAACAGAGUGCGGAUAAUCCGUCCGAAUUACCGAAAGAUCACGAAUGCACGAGAGCCGAAUUAAUACAUUUGCCCCCUGAUGAGUCUGUUUUCAAUGAGAGCGAUUUGUUAACUGAAAUGAAAUGUAUACCCCGGCUGAGAUCAAAAUCUUUACCAGUUCUUUUCAACCUCGAUAGCGAAGAUCUCUUAGGAAAUUAUCACGGUAGAGAUGCGCCAAAGAAAUGCCGUUCCCUUCCAGAUGUUUUUAACAUAGAAAAAGAAAUCAUUUCCCUCUCUGAGAGCAGUAAAGUCAAUUCAGGGGGCACACACGACGAAGAGGGGGAAUCAUUCGCCGCAGAAGGAGAUGUACAAAUGACAAACCAAGAUCAUUCUAGCAAGACUCAGAAAAUCAAACUGAUCGGGAGGUCGAAAUCAUUGCCCGGUUAUGACACACUUGAUCUAGCGAAUGACCAUGAAAACGAAAAUUCUGCUAUUACCAAACCUUUAACGAAACCGACUCGGAAAUUGCACAGGUCGCUCUCUCUGCCAACAAUACUUGAAGAAAUCCCUUUUAGUAUUGUUAAAGAGCAACCUUUUGAAAAAAUGAAAUUAAACUCAGAGCUGGAAAAAUUAGCCGUGCUAAACGAAGAGGAAGACGAUGAAGAAAAAGCUCCUUGUGUAAAUAUACGCAAUGUCGAGUUUCAAGAAAUUGUCACUAAAGACUUGGAUAAGCCUGACGUUCGCAAUGAUAAUAAUGAUUGCACGUCUCGUAUAUUAGCCACGUCUGUUGGGGAUAAUCAGAGCAAGCUUAUAGAUAGUAUUCUUGCGGCAGAAAGUGGAGAAAAUAGUGAGACCCCUGGAGGCUGUAUGGAAAACCAAGGUAUUUACUUGGACGAGGUCAAAGAUAAAAUGUCUACUGCCAUCGCUAGCGUUGAUACAAUAGUAACAAAUGGAAGGUCAGCCAAACUUGAUGAGUCUGAUAAAAAAGAGGCCGGGGAAGAUGUUGCUGAACGACUAAAAGCGAUGACACAAGUGGAUUGGGACUUGCCGCUCAUUCAACGGCCACGUGUUAAUACCUUACCAUUAACGGAAUAUAUGGAACGGAUCCCGGAACUACCGGAAAAAGAUUCGCCAAUCUGGGAGACGACAACUAAGGGGAUGAUUCAUGCGUUUUCAUUGACACCACCUAAAGGAAAGGAGCUUGACAAUCACAAACGAAGAUCUUGGCCUAUGGAUAUGAGAGACAUAAAACAAAACCCUGUUGAAUCAGCAUCAAAAGAGGAUUUGAUUUUUGUACAGACACAGUGCCACAAAGAAGACCUUACCAAGGAUCAGGGGUCAAAACAUGAAAUGCUUGACGACACUGACGGUUUGCGCAUGCCCAGUACAGAACAAGACCAUGAUGCACUGCUGACAUUGUGGAAAUCGCAUGCCAGCUCGUACCCAGAUACCCUUGAUCUGAAUUUGAUGAGAAAACCUGGCCAUGAGUUUGCGGAGACGCACCACAUGGAAAAACUUGAAGAGGAAAACGAGGAAGAAGAUCGGAAAGAGAGCGAUGCAUUUAAUGCAAACAAAUCCCUCAGCUACGAUGAGCUUUUGGAUGAUUUCGAGGAGAAGUUUUCUCGUGCCGUGAGCUAUUACACAGAACCAGAUUUCACACAGUCCUUGUCUUCCAUUCACCGUGAAAUCGCCAACGGGAGCGUGGAACGUUUGAUCGCUUUGAUUGACAGUGGGGCGGAUGUGAACGCCCCUGAUGAGCAUGGUUACCCACCUCUUCACGUCGCUGUGGUCAGCGGUCAAGUGGACUGCGCUGAUUGCCUUAUAAGAGCAGGGGCUGAUUUGGAAGGGUACACAGAGGCACUUGUUAAUGAGUUUUAUGCCUUGAGGGACGAGGGACGUCAGUAUAACGGACGAGCGAUUUUCAUUUGACUUGAGGCAUUGCUGAUAACAUUACACUUUAUAUGACAUUUCUAAAUGGGAUUAAGUUAGCCACUCUAAAUAACCAAUUAGGAAUAUAAACCUCAGCUUAUAUUUAUGUAAAUGAAAGAAGACAGGAUCCUAGAAAAAAGGAGAGGGAUCGCAUCCACUCUAGUCCUAGUCGUUCUUAACGGGUUUCUUGUCCUUAGAGACGAACCAUGAAAGCUUGGGGUUUGGGACAAGUUUGGUUUUCUGUGACGAUAACUCUUACCAGCCGAUCAGAAAGACUGAUUAUAACGCAUGUAACUAGGCUGAAUCUAAUCUUUAUUAGGACAGUCACUGCAAUCAACUUUUAUGCAAUGUUUAUGCAAUGUCGUGCUCUCUAGCCAGAUAAAUCAAUAUAGUCCACUAAAACUGGUAGUCAGUGGACAGGUCACUCCUUUGCUAACGUCUGGAAUGGGUUAAGGUCACUUCCUAGAUAACUUUGGUGUUAAUGAGGUUAAGGUCACUUACUACUUAGCUAGGGUCUGGAUAAGGUAAGGCUGCUUACUAGUUAGCUAGGGUGUGGAUGGGUUUAGGCCACUCACUAGCUAGCUAGGGUGUGGAUGGGUUAGGCCACAUACUAGCUAGCUAGGGCGUGGAUGGGGUUAGGCCACUUACUAGCUAGCUAGGGUGUGGAUGGGUUAGGGCACUUACUAGCUAGCUAGGGCGUGGAUGGGGUUAGGGCACUUACUAGCUAGCUAGGGUGUGGAUGGGGUUAGGGCACUUACUAGCUAGCUAGGGUGUGGAUGGGGUUAGGGCACUUACUAGCUAGCUAGGGCGUGGAUGGGGUUAGGCCACUUACUAGCUAGCUAGGGUGUGGAUGGGGUUAGACCACUUACUAGCUAGCUAGGGCGUGGAUGGGGUUAGGCCACUUACUAGCUAGCUAGGGUGUGGAUGGGGUUAGGCCACUUACUAGCUAGCUAGGGCGUGGAUGGGGUUAGGCCACCUACUAGCUAGCUAGGGUGUGGAUGGGUUAGGCCACUUACUAGCUAGCUAGGGUGUGGAUGGGGUUAGGCCACCUACUAGCUAGCUAGGGUGUGGAUGGGUUAGGGCACUUACUAGCUAGCUAGGGUGUGGAUGGGUUAGGCCACUUACUAGCUAGCUAGGGCGUGGAUGGGGUUAGGCCACUUACUAGCUAGCUAGGGUGUGGAUGGGUUAGGCCACUUACUAGCUAGCUAGGGCGUGGAUGGGGUUAGGCCACUUACUAGCUAGCUAGGGUGUGGAUGGGUUAGGCCACUUACUAGCUAGCUAGGGCGUGGAUGGGGUUAGGGCACUUACUAGCUAGCUAGGGUGUGGAUGGGGUUAGGGCACUUACUAGCUAGCUAGGGCGUGGAUGGGGCUAGGGCACUUACUAGCUAGCUAGGGCGUGGAUGGGGUUAGGGCACUUACUAGCUAGCUAGGGUGUGGAUGGGGUUAGGGCACUUACUAGCUAGCUAGGGCGUGGAUGGGGUUAGGCCACUUACUAGCUAGCUAGGGCGUGGAUGGGGUUAGGCCACUUACUAGCUAGCUAGGGCGUGGAUGGGGUUAGGCCACUUACUAGCUAGCUAGGGUGUGGAUGGGUUAGGCCACUUACUAGCUAGCUAGGGUGUGGAUGGGGUUAGGCCACUUACUAGCUAGCUAGGGUGUGGAUGGGUUAGGGCACUUACUAGCUAGCUAGGGCGUGGAUGGGGUUAGGGCACUUACUAGCUAGCUAGGGUGUGGAUGGGGUAAGACCACUUACUAGCUAGCUAGGGCGUGGAUGGGGUUAGGGCACUUACUAGCUAGCUAGGGUGUGGAUGGGGUAAGACCACUUACUAGCUAGCUAGGGUGUGGAUGGGGUUAGGCCACUUACUAGCUAGCUAGGGUGUGGAUGGGGUAAGACCACUUACUAGCUAGCUAGGGUGUGGAUGGGGUAAGACCACUUACUAGCUAGCUAGGGUGUGGAUGGGGUUAGGCCACUUACUAGCUAGCUAGGGUGUGGAUGGGGUUAGGCCACUUACUAGCUAGCUAGGGUGUGGAUGGGGUUAGGGCACUUACUAGCUAGCUAGGGUGUGGAUGGGGUAAGACCACUUACUAGCUAGCUAGGGCGUGGAUGGGGUUAGGCCACUUACUAGCUAGCUAGGGUGUGGAUGGGGUUAGGCCACUUACUAGCUAGCUAGGGUGUGGAUGGGGUUAGGCCACUUACUAGCUAGCUAGGGUGUGGAUGGGUUAGGGCACUUACUAGCUAGCUAGGGCGUGGAUGGGGUUAGGGCACUUACUAGCUAGCUAGGGUGUGGAUGGGGUAAGACCACUUACUAGCUAGCUAGGGUGUAGAUGGGGUUAGGCCACUUACUAGCUAGCUAGGGUGUGGAUGGGGUAAGACCACUUACUAGCUAGCUAGGGUGUGGAUGGGGUAAGACCACUUACUAGCUAGCUAGGGUGUGGAUGGGGUAAGACCACUUACUAGCUAGCUAGGGUGUGGAUGGGGUAAGGCCACUUACUAGCUAGCUAGGGUGUGGAUGGGGUAAGACCACUUACUAGCUAGCUAGGGUGUGGAUGGGGUUAGGCCACUUACUAGCUAGCUAGGGUGUGGAUGGGGUUAGGCCACUUACUAGCUAGCUAGGGUGUGGAUGGGGUUAGGCCACUUACUAGCUAGCUAGGGUGUGGAUGGGGUUAGGGCACUUACUAGCUAGCUAGGGCGUGGAUGGGGUUAGGCCACUUACUAGCUAGCUAGGGUGUGGAUGGGGUUAGGCCACUUACUAGCUAGCUAGGGUGUGGAUGGGGUUAGGGCACUUACUAGCUAGCUAGGGCGUGGAUGGGGUUAGGCCACUUACUAGCUAGCUAGGGCGUGGAUGGGGUUAGGCCACUUACUAGCUAGCUAGGGUGUGGAUGGGUUAGACCACUUACUAGCUAGCUAGGGUGUGGAUGGGUUAGGCCACUUACUAGCUAGCUAGGGUGUGGAUGGGGUUAGGCCACUCACUAGCUAGCUAGGGUGUGGAUGGGUUUAGGCCACUUAAGCUAGCUAGGGUGUGGAUGGGUUAGGCCACUUACUAGCUAGCUAGGGCGUGGAAGGGGUUAGGCCACUUACUAGCUAGCUAGGGUGUGGAUGGGGUUAGGCCACUUACUAGCUAGCUAGGGCGUGGAAGGGGUUAGGCCACUUACUAGCUAGCUAGGGUGUGGAUGGGGUUAGGCCACUUACUAGCUAGCUAGGGCGUGGAAGGGGUUAGGCCACUUACUAGCUAGCUAGGGUGUGGAUGGGGUUAGGCCACUUACUAGCUAGCUAGGGUGUGGAUGGGGUUAGGCCACUUACUAGCUAGCUAGGGUGUGGAUGGGGUUAGGGCACUUACUAGCUAGCUAGGGUGUCAUUUAUGAUGAAUCGUACAGCAAAGUAACAGUCCCGUGUAGUGUUAAGCAUAAAUAGGUCAGGGCAGUAAGCAAUAGUAAGCAUCAAAGGAAAGACGUAGAAAGCACACAGCCUUGGACAGAAAUAGCAUCGAUAACACUAAUAGCCAACAAAAGAAUGGCAUUCAUUGAACACAUUCUCGAAAUCGUUAUUGCGUACCUGCCUAGAAUUCAAAAUUCUUUUCUCAUUUGGUGGCAAUCUAAUCAUCUUCUAAGUCUUAAAAAUCGAGUGUAUUGAAAAAAAGGGGAUCUAAUUUGGACCCGGGGUCACCCGGCGCGCUACAGAGAGGAGGGCUAGUGCCCAAGAAGCCGACCAAAGCCUGAUGGAGUUGAAUAUACUCCAGAAUUAAACUAUGGCAUAGUCUAUACAAUAACAGAAAUUGAAACAAAUACACAUAAGCCAAAGCGCCUUGUGUAGAUUCUUGUGUGUUUAGUCGGUUCACACACGAAAGAUUUCAACAUAAGCAAAGGCAGAAACUGAAGAAAACGGAAUAUUUUCAUUUUCUUCUUCUAACUAUUUUACUUUUUUUACUGAAUUGAAAAAAAAAAGAAAAGCGAAAAAGUAGAUUGGGGUACCUGUGCCCGCAUUUAUAUGUGACUCGCCCAAGUCUCCGUCUGUUUGCGCGUUUAAGAUGGCGGCAUAAGUUGUUAUUUCGCUUUUCCAGAUAAGAACUGUUACGUGAUUACUUUACUGAUUGUUCUUAGCGCUAUAUUUAGAUGAUUGACAACUCAAUGAUACGGUAUCAUAUUACCUACUCCCAUGUAGAUCUGAUCUCUCUCUUUGUGAAUAAACUAUUGAACACAACACGUAACAAGAACGAAAUCAACUGCACACCACAGUACAAACUCUAGAUUCUCUUCAAACUCUCCAGGUUGUUCCAGCGCUCUUUACUUCUUGAUUUUUUUUGAACUGAUAACUAAACCCAGACCAAGUCUAGGAAAAUAUUCAGACUAUUCUGUUAGAAACGAGAAUCACCAGCGUGAAAUAACAACGAUGACUAAACCUCUGAGAUUGUGGCACCGUCUCUUUCUCUAUGGCAUCCACGGUUUCUUCGACGAAAUCAUGUUUACAGCGACUGUAGACUUCAUAGCAUCUGGCUGCUCCGACUGGCGGCUUCGAGGUCAUUCGUCUAUGUGGUCCCUAUUCCAAUACGCCUUCGGUAGCUACCUCAUCGAACGAUCUUUUCUCUUUCUCAAACAAAACACAGCCUUAUCAAGGUUCACGCGAGCCUUGCUGUAUGUGAAAAUGGUUUACAUGUGAGAGUUUAGCUCGGGGUAUGUUCUGCGCAUUUUCGAUGCUUGUCCGUGGGACUAUUCAGAGAUGCGCUGGAAUGUUUAUGGUCUUAUAACUCUACAGUAUUUUCCAGUAUGGUAUUUCGCGUCUUUGUAUAAUGAAGUCUUAUGUGAGUUUUUGCUCUCACUGCGAAUUGCUGAUGUUGGAAAAUUUGGAAUGGAACAGGACAAGGAACUUGUCAAGAAUGAUGUCCAAGCUAAGAAAGUUCCAUGACGUUCAUGAUUAGUUUGGCCCAUAAAUCUGUAAAAGCAGGGACGGAUCUAGGGGUGGGCUGAGCGGGCCCUACCCACCCCCUAUUUUCAGAUAUUUGGUUAAAAAACAUUUAUGAAAAUCCAGUGAAGAACAAUAAAUCUGGUCCCCUUCCUUGAAACCCUUGCUCCCCCCCCCCCCCCCCUGACCCCCACUUUCUAGAAGUCUUGGGCCCUGGAAAGGGGUCAGUGCGCAGCUCUUACAAGCUGCAAUUUGAUUGGGCAAAUGAACAAUAUCCGCACCUCUACACAAAGAACGAGAAGAAUAAAGACAAAAGAACUCCUUUGUAGAACAAAAAUGAUAGGAGACAAGGCAGCUGCGUACUUACUCCUGGAAAGAGGCCUUGCCAUCCACACCUUUGUUAUUCUUUUGAUCCAUAAUUGAAGAAUAAAUAUGUAGAUUUAGGCACUGCCUAAAAGCGGAGCCAGCAUUUAA